AUGCAGUUCCGCGACAUGGCGCCUUCGUCGGCGUUCGUUGCCUCGCUGCUAGCGAUCCCGCAGCUCGCGUCCGCCUUCUACCUGCCAGGUGUUGCGCCAACCUCUUACAAGAAGGGCGACGUCGUUCCCCUGUAUGUCAACAGUAUCAAGCCGGUCGCCGCACCCUCCGACUCGCGAUUGCAUUCGAUAGUAUCCUACGACUACUACCAUCCGGGCUUCAAGUUCUGCGAGCCAUCGCCGGCCCCCGAAUAUGUGUCCGAAAGUCUCGGUAGCAUUCUCUUCGGAGACCGCAUCAUGACCUCUCCAUUCGAGCUGCGCAUGAAGAACGACGAGGUUUGCAAGCCUCUUUGCAUUCAGAAAUACCCUCCGGCCGCUGUCGGCUUCGUCAGGCGCCGCAUCGAGCAAGGCUACAGCUUGAACUGGCUCGUGGAUGGCCUGCCCGCGGGACAGGAGAUCUACGACGACUUCACGAACACGACCUUCUACAACCCUGGUUUCCUUAUGGGAGGCGCCGACGAGCAAGGGAACAUCAUCUUUAACAACCACUACGAUAUCAAUAUCGAAUACCACCCGGUCAAUGGCAAGCAAGAUCAACUGCGUGUCGUUGGUGUCGUCGUCGAGCCUAGCUCCAGAGCGUACCCCGGCCUUCUCGACUGCACCAACAAAAUGGAGCCCAUCAUUUUCAACGAAGACAGCGGCGAGAAGGAGGUCAAGUUCUCCUACUCUGUGUACUGGAAGGAGUCGAAAACGGCCUGGGCGACCCGAUGGGACAAGUACCUGCACGUCUUUGACCCCAAGAUCCACUGGUUCUGGCUCAUCGACACCGCCAUCAUCGUCGUUAUCCUCAUCCUCACUGUCAUGUCAAUUUUGGUCAGGGCAUUGAAGAAGGAUAUUGCGCGCUACAACCGCCUGGACCAGAUCAACUUGGAUGAUCUGUCAGGCACGUCGGUCAUGGAGGACGGAGUCCAGGAAGAUUCCGGCUGGAAGCUGGUGCACGGCGACGUGUUCCGGAACCCAUCCCAUCCUCUACUUCUGUCGGUCCUCCUCGGAAACGGUGUUCAGUUGUUCGUCAUGACUGGCUUUACUAUCUGCUUUGCCCUUCUCGGCUUCUUGUCGCCCUCCAACCGUGGCUCGCUGGGUACGAUCAUUCUUCUCCUGUACACCAUCCUGGGCUUCGUCGGCGGUUAUGUCUCCUCGAGAACGUACAAGUCGAUGCAAGGCGAGAAGUGGAAGCUGAACAUCGCUCUCACCCCGAUUUUGGUUCCGAGCAUUGUUUUCGGCGCAUUCUUCUUCCUCGACUUGUUCCUGUGGGCCAAGCAGUCUUCUGGUGCCGUGCCGUUCACUACCAUGCUGGUGAUCAUCGCGAUCUGGUUCGUUCUGUCCGUGCCGCUCUCCUUCGCCGGAUCAUGGAUGGGCUUCCGCGCCUCUGUCAUUGAGCCCCCCGUGCGCACCAACCAGAUUCCCCGUCAAAUUCCGCCCGUUACUACGUACCUGAGGCCGAUUCCCAGCAUGCUGAUUGUCGGUCUUCUGCCGUUCGGUGCUAUCUUCGUCGAGCUGUACUUCAUUAUGAGCUCGGUCUGGUUUAGCCGCAUUUACUACAUGUUCGGCUUCCUCUUCCUCUCCUACGGGCUUAUGAUUGUCACUACCGCUGCAGUUACCAUUCUCAUGGUUUACUUCUUGCUUUGCGCCGAGAACUACAACUGGCAAUGGCGCUCGUUCCUCGCUGCCGGUAUGAGCGGUGGCUACAUCUUCGCCAACUGCCUCCUGUACCUCAUCACCAAGUUGAACCUCAGCAAUCUGGCCGGAACCGUGCUUUACAUUGGAUACAGCGCACUGAUUUCCUUCCUUUUCUUCAUCCUCACUGGCAAGCUUUCCCCCCGUCGGCGUCCGACCCCAUCAGUUGGCUAA